AUGCCCGUUGUUGGUGCUCUGUCCCUCGGUAGACGGGCCCAAUAUGCUACUCGAACCCUCUUCUGCAAGUCACUCGGCAACAACGCCCGUCGCUCCUUCUCCAACCACGGCCAUGUGAAGAGCGACCACCUUCCUGCUGACAAGCAGCGGGACUUGCUGCGUCGAGUCGCUGUCGAUUUCUCUCCUUAUCGAUCAGCUGCUCUUCAUCUAUACCAACAACGCGAAGACAAUCGCAAACCAAAGACAUGGCACCUCUCAUCGAGUCCCAACCACAAGGCUCUGAAGAAGAUUGUCGACCGUCGCUUGGAACUCAUGGCCGCCUCUGACACGUCACACAAGCCGGACACGCCUGAUGAUAGGAUCAUCUCCUUGACAGACCGAGAACACCCUGUUCUACGCUCCCUGGGCUACACGCAGCAUCACGUCGACUACUAUGCCAACAUUCUCUCUACCAAAGACUCGCUCUUUGCCGCCCGCUUGCUCACGGGAUCCCACGCUCCUCCGCUCUUCGUCUACCGCGGCUUCCUCGCUCGACAACACAUUCGUCCUGAAGCUCUUCGUCUUCUUUUGGACCACCUGCCAGACUGGGAUUCCGAUACACCCUUCCUAUUCGACCGCCUUGUCUUCCCCAUCUUCGAGGGAUUGUCACAUCAUUGCCGUCGCGUCUGGCCUGCCGCUAUACCCGUCGUGGCCACCUGGCUGACCCAUCAACUCCGUUUGUCUGAUGAUCGUCUUCUCCGCCUCGAAGAAUCCGACAUGCAUCAUGAUGACCAUGCUUUCAUCUCGCAUCUGACCUCCCGAUCUAAUCAUGCUCUCCGUAUACUCUCUCAGCCCUCGCACAUCUCUCCUUUCAAGAACGUCGGCUUUCAAGAGGCUGCCCAAGCCAUCAUUCUCAAACACAUGGCUGAUCACACCCCUGCUCUUGCUAUCGAUCGAGUAGGCUAUCGCGCCGUCGUACGCGUCCAACUGGCCACUAAGAAGACCCCUUCUGACCGAGAAUGGGCGAGGCUCAAAUCUCCCUCCUGGCCUCCGUGGAAAGAAGAUCGUACCGGUAUGGAUGCCCGUAUUGGUCUCGACUAUGGCGUUAGUCGUGCUCACCAAAUCUUGAUCAGGAUGCAGGAGGCUGGCUACUCACUCAACCUAUGGGACCAGGUUGCUAUGAUAUAUGCAGGCUGGGAUACAGACCGCAGCCCUACAAUACAGAAAAGAGUAUUCCUCGACGACCUGCCCAAGCGCAGUUCUGCUCAAAGCAUCUGGAUCGCUCGUAUCAAGACGACUCGUACGGCUCAGCAAGCCUGGGCUUGUUUCUUGGCAUACCAGGACGAGAAUCUNCCUGCCGACCACCGUAUUUAUCAUGCCAUGUUCGAAGUAUUGAUACAGGAGCGCAANAGAGUCAGACUCGGCCCCGAAAACAUUGGUCAUGAGGUUGAAGACGAUGAUCCGGAUCCUCUAUAUCCAGGUGAUACCAUGGAGAUUGGCUCGCCCCCGUCAUCUGCACAUCAGUUGACGUAUAUUCGUGCCGAGAUACCUUCAGUCCAACAGCUCUAUGACCAUAUGCGCGAGGACGGAAAACAUCCUUCCGACGAUACCCUUGUUAUGCUUCUAGACAGCGCAGAGACUCUCGCAGAGGGCCUUGUCUAUCUCGAGACCGGCGCUGAAAGAUAUCGUUCUGCUAUCGACGCUCUCCUUCAUGGGUCUAAGCAUGACCAAUCCUUGCACGUCUUGCCUGAUCAUAUUUUUACGGCCUACAUACGCCUUCUAUGCCGUUUCCCUCACACUCCGCUCGACAGGGAGUUGACGCUGCUAUGGCGAUACGGCACUGUGGUUAAGUCCAACUUUGACCUCCGACAACCACUAGCCCGAGCUCUCUAUCUGCUCGUCGAGCAGAAACGAACACACGCGCCAGCCUGGAAUUGUGUGUUUGCUGCAUUGGCUCGUAGAGCUGCGCCAACUCUGGCUUCGAGCUGGCGAUCCUUAUAUCUUCGGGGCAAAGAUUCUUUGAUCACAGAAAAUGAUCUAUACGACAAGAUUUUCGCAUUCAAUCUUGCCCGCCAGGUCAACGUGACCAUGUGGGAGAACGAUCUCACGUUUGACGAGGACGCCUUUCUGUGCGUCUGCGUCGUCGCUGAGCAUGCAGCAAGCGCCGUUCACACUGUCUUUCAAGAAUAUGGAUAUAACCCAGAACUCGCUUCCGAAGCCACAGGCCGCCUUAUCACGCAUGCGAACACUAUGUCCCGAGACGGCCAUGGCUGGAUGAAAGAACAGUUCUGGAUCUUGACUGAAGGCGCAAAGGACUCUGUCUCUACUGAGUCGGAGACACAACAUUCCAAACCCGAGUUGCCUCGUUUGUACACCAUCCCUCGUCCAGCCUUACUGCACGCCUACGUUCGCGCCUUGGGUAUAUUGCGCGACUACGACGGCCUCAANGAGCUGGUCGAAUGGAUGCGUAAACAUCGAAGGGCGCUUGCCAAGCGCUGUGCUAUGGACCGCAGAGGUCACGUCUUGAUGCGGAGAGCCCUGAUUGCUCUUCGUGUGUUUGUCGAGGAUCGAUGGGAGCCUUCGAGGCCCGAGCUUGACGGUGGGGAGGCUCCUCCUUCCGCAUCAGCUGAACAGAUUGAGGAGAUCAAGACGCUUGUUGAGAGUGUGGAAAAUUGGGGUGGCUGGCCGUCCGAGGACGAGGUCGAGAUGUAUGUCGAGUAUGGUUGUGGAGGCGGUUGA